AUGUUUUCGUUUGGUUUUCUUUUCCGAAUCUGUGAAGAACCUCGGUUCCAGAAUAAGCUGCUCAGUGGACAAAUAUUGCGGCUGAGGCUGUCCAGCACCUGUUUAUCACGUUGGUGUCCGUGUUGUUACGCGGAGCUCGACGACGUGCCUCGUGAAUCGUCGCGACCGAUCGUACUCACGCCAGAACACCUCAAGACCACAAUUCGUGCAUAUCCGACGAAACGUGACGUCGUCGUCGUCGAGUGCUCUGCUGCUCCAUCGUCAUCAAAAUCUGCUCAAAUGACAACCACAACGAUGCUCACGUCAUUAGACGUUAUUACACCGCCUAAUGUGCACUACGCGGACAUCAGAACUUCUCCUUGUUCCUGGCCGCUUAGGAUUACUGUAGAACCGGCGAAUUUUCCCACCGCUUUGUCGUCAACGCUGGUUACUCAAAGCGCCCCGAAUACGCCAAUAGCGCAUCGAAUGGCAAGGCACGAAGCAAAUCAAGAAGCUCAGCGGCAUCAAAACGUAGUAGCACCUCAGGGAAAGCCGCUCAAUAACAAUUACUAUAGGGCUGGGAUUGGAACGCUCUACGAAGGUAUUUUUGCAUGUUUCCGACCAGUAUGGGGAUAUUUUGGGCGGAGUAAUAAUGACUUGGUAAAGUCAAUAGAAGACGAUUGGGAGAUACCGUUCGAAGCGAUUACGGGUUUAGAAUGGCUCGGUGCCGGUUCACAAGGCGCAGUUUUUAGAGGAUGUUUGAACGGGCAGACUGUGGCGGUGAAAAAAGUGAAACUAAAGGAGGAAACCGAUAUCAAACAUCUACGUCAUUUAAAUCAUCCGAAUAUUAUCAAAUUUAUAGGUGUAUGCACACAAGCUCCAUGUUUCUGUCUUGUUAUGGAGUACUGCCCAAAUGGCCAAUUAGGCGACGUUUUGAAAUCAGACAGGGUUAUAGGAUGGCAAGAAUGGUGCUCAUGGAGUCGCCAAAUUGCUGAAGGAAUGGAAUACUUGCAUAAGAAUAAAGUGAUACAUCGUGACUUGAAAAGUCCUAAUAUUCUAUUCGAUGAGGAUGGUGUGGUGAAAAUAUGCGACUUUGGUACAUCACAUCAACAGAAGAAACAGAAUAGUACGGUAAUGUCAUUUUGUGGUACGGUAAGCUGGAUGGCACCGGAAGUGAUCAAGAAACAACCGUGUUGUGAAAAGGUUGAUGUCUACUCAUACGGUGUUGUACUGUGGGAAUUAUUGACAAGAGAGCAACCGUAUAAGAAUAUCAAUCAAAUGGCAAUCAUCUAUGGAGUUGGAUCAAAUAACCUCUCACUUCCCAUACCGGAAACAGCUCCGGACGGUUUAAAGAUGUUAAUGCGACAAUGUUGGAGCACUACGCCUCGAAAUCGACCAUCAUUUACGCAGUGCCUCAAAUAUAUGGAUAUAUUAUAUGCUGAAUUCAAGGAAAUGGGUGAUGAGGAAUUCUUCCGUCGAGCUGCUAAAUGGCGAGCAGAUGCGGCAAAUAUACAGUAUCCGGAGACGAUCACUAAAGGAAACGCUCAAAAUUUUGCUGAACGAGAAGACGAGAAGGAAUUGAUCCGGAAAAGAAGGGAAGAACUGAAGCAUGCUCAGGAUAUACGUGAAAUGUACGAGAAUAAGCUGAAAAGAACGAAUAAAAUGUAUUCGAAGCUUACCGAUUGUAUGAACGAAUUGUUGUUGAAAGAAAAGGAGCUUGAGCAUCGUAUUCGUAUGUUGGACGAACAACAACGUUAUCCAUACAUGUACGCUAGCACGAGUACUCGUCCUACGGUAGUUCGAGCCGGUCCACGUACUAUGAGAGGAUCCGAACAAGACAUUUAUUGUACUGCUAUCGACCCGCACACUUACGGGAUGGAGGUCUCGUCAAGCGAAGACGAUCUAGCCGAAUAUCAUCGUGGCUCUCCUUAUAGAUGUAGUCAAGCUAGCAGUUCGUCCGGUUUCCCCUCGUCCACAUCAGCGACAUUCUCUCGUCAAUCCUCAUCUCGUAGUUCAGCUGGAAUGGCGCGACGCCGUGACAGUACGUUGCGCGAGUCGCCCGUACGAGGUCACCACAGUCCAUUCUCUCGUAGCCCAUAUAUGCGACAUUCAUCAUCAUCACAGUAUUGUUCGGAACUGGUACGAAAUUCACCAGCACGAACGAGUGGAAUGUCUGAGGAUAGUGGUGUGCACAUGUGGAAUGAACCAAGUGUAUUACCAGGAGGACAACAGGUUGUCUACUCGCAAACUCUUUUCCGUAAUGUGGAUGGUCGUUGGUCGGAUAGUCGAAUAGUUCAACGGAGGAAGCCAAAACGAUCCUCGACCUUCCAACGAGACAGCCCUGCCCGAAUACCACAAACUCGCUCAAAACAACAACGAGCCUCGUAUCCAUCGCCGAUGCAUCUCGAUUUGGAGUGUUGUUGUGACUGUAACAAUGAGAACUGUUGUCGUCGACAACGCGCUCGAUCGAUGAUUCAUGAGCGAAUGGAGCAAUCACCUACACCGUAUGACGAUCCGGCCGAGUUGAAUGUGUCGAAUUUGCCGCAGUCCACCUCCUAUCAGGAAGCACUACGUCAAGCUGGUGAACUGCCGUCGACAUCAUCCGAACAUCGACUCUCGACCGUAGUUGAACCAACACCGUCCAGAGGCGUUAUGGGGUAUACAAAUCCAAUUUUUGUGUCACCGGUCACCUCGUACGUGAAUCCUAUCUCUUCACCGGAUUCACCACAAAGCCCACCACCAUCCCUACGGAAGUUAUCCGGAGGACAAUCCACUAAUGUCGACGAUCAAAACAUGGAUUUGUUCUCAUCAUUGGAUUCGAAUAAUCCACACGCUAAACCGCAAUCACAAUCUGAUGCGUCGGCCGAAAGUAGCACGGACGAAGACAAGGACGAAGAGAAUGGAAAUGUUUUGGAUUCGUCGCUGGAUUCACAAAAAGCAUUCAGUGCUUUGACAAAAACGAGUAGCGAAGAGGACAGUGCUGAGAAACGAAAGCGUGAAUUGAUCAUGUUGACGUCAUCAUCGACAAUGGCUUCUUCGUUGGAACGAUCUCUGGAGCAGGGCGCAAUGCAUUCAGACGGGCUCAGCGACAAGGAGCGACGAGUGCGAGCAGUGAAGAACACGAUCCGCGGACAUCGACGAACGCAAUCGAAUCCACAAUCUGUCAUUAUGUCGAUAGUGGAUGAGACAAGUUCGGAGACGGAUUCGGACGAUGCUGUCGACAUUUAA